GGCAGUCGCGCCCACGACCAGCUGCCAGACAUGUCGCGCUGCGUCGACGGCCUGCGCCGCUGCAACAAGGUAAAUCCCGAGGAGCCGCCCAUCCCUCCGGACCCUGAACUCUGGCAGCGGAGGGACGAGUUUUUCGGCUGUGAGGACCAAGCUGCCGCAGCACCUCCGACGGUGCCGACACAGCCCCAGGUGCAGAGCAGGCAGAAACAGGACCAGCAACAGAGCAAGAAGCAGGAGAAGCAAAAGCGCAAGCAAGAGCAGCAGCAGCAGAAAGCUAAGGAAGAACAGCAGCAGCAGCAGCAGGAAGAGCAGCCGGUGGUGGAGAGACGCAAGUCCGGCGGGCGAGCCAAGCGGGUGCGCAGCUACCUGAAGAAGUGCCGGCGGGCCGCCUCCGGAGGCUCGUCGUCGUCGCAGGGCGCGGAGGAGCCGGCCAGGACCUCCUCCUGGUACGUGGAGCACUACCACGUCGCGGAGCAGAGCCAGGAGCACGUGUGCGAGGAACACGUCUGCGAACUGCCACUCGACAGGGUCGAAGUGCUGCGGGCACGCGACCUGUACGAUGACUCCGCCGACGCGUCCGACGGCGCCGCGUCCGCCGAAGACGGGGAGCUGGCGGCGCCCGACGCAGCCCGGGAGGUGGCGCCGCGGGACGACGCGGAGGUGGUGCGCGGCGAGCGGCGGGCGUCGUCCGGCGGCGGCGGGAGGAACGAGGGCGGCACGGAACGCGGCGCGGCCACCGCCGAGGAAAUUCCCGAGGAUCGGACGAGUGGAGGAGGCAGGUGCACUGCGGACAAGUCGGUGAGCGCGAAUCUGGACGCAGAAAGUGCCGGAACGGAGGACCGCGACAGGUGCGAGCAGAGCGCGGCCGCGUGCGACGACGACGGCGCGCUGCCGGCGUCGGACGGCGAGGCCGUCGAGUGGCACGACGCCCGGUCCGAGACGCCGGAGCCCGCCGCUGCCCCCGGCGCCGUCGCCAUUGAGACUCCCAUCGCGCUGCCCGAGGGAAUGGCACAGACAGCACUAGACGUGGCACACUUUCCACCAGCUGGAGGGAUAUUCCUCGCCUCGAGCAGACCCGGACCCGUGUCGCGCCCGCCAGUGAGUGAUGACGGUAUGCAGUGGUGUUGUCCCGCACGCGACCCGCCGGCGCCUCCGUCGUGGAUGCCUUACAGGCCGACGGAUGCCUUACAGGUCCGUGAGAUGGAAGAAAGCGGCGCCUCAGUAUGCGGGGCACGCGGCGCGACGACGCCGUGGAUUGAGCCGUCUCGCCUCGGUCUGGCUGUCUCCGCGGAGACGCGCCGCGCCGGCCCGCGGGGGUCCUAA